UUAUGAUUGGUGGACGGUUCCGGUGAAUAUGAAUGGCCGCGUUUAUUGUUCGGCGUUCUCGCUCUACGGUGGCAGUAACUUUGGGAGUCAGAGCUCAAGACAAAGUGUGUUUUAAAGUUCUCAGAGUAACACCAGGCUGGUAAGAGUAGUUUUUUUUCAAGAAAGUCAGACAACGGCGAGUGUGUAGUUUGGAGUUUUUCGUCGCCUUUCAAGGACGUUUUCUCCCUGACGGCCGAGCUGCGGUGUGUUGUCGUGACCAGCUGGGAUUUAAACGGUUAAUUUCCUUUAGCACGGCCAGCUAGCUUAUUUGCAUUUAAAAGCCUGAGAAGGGAGAUUCUAUCGACUCUCUUGUUCUCUGGAUUCCAAAUUUGAGCUGUCUAGCCCCCCAACAAGUCCAGACAGCUUGACUGCACCAGGACGAUCCGAGUUAGGCCGUGUGAGGCUGGGGAUGGAGAAGGAGGAUCCCGACUCGGCCGUCUUUGGCUCCUUGAAGGAGGAAGUGCACUACUGGAAGGAGCAGGCUGCCAAGCACCAGCAGAAUGCGGAGGAGGCUCGUGAGGAGCUUCAGGAGUUCCAGCAAAUGAGUCACGACUACGAGGCCGAACUGGAAGCGGAGCUCAAAGCUUACGAGAAGCGCAAUCGCGAGCUGCUGGCUGCCAACAACCGCUUGCGAAUGGACCUGGAGAACUAUAAGGAGAAGUACGGCACACAGCACUCGGAGGCGUAUCGCCAGAUGUCGACGUUGGAGGGCGAGUUGGCCGAGGCCACCUCCAUCCGAGACCACUUGCACAAGUACAUCAGGGAGCUAGAACAGGCUAACGACGACCUGGAGCGAGCCAAGAGGGCCACCAUCAUGUCGCUGGAAGAUUUUGAGCUGCGCAUGAACCAGGCCAUCGAGAGGAACGCCUUCCUGGAGAGCGAGCUCGACGACAAAGAGAACCUUCUGGAGUCUGUGCAGAGGCUCAAGGACGAGGCCAGAGACCUGCGGCAGGAGCUGGCAGUGCGGCAGAAGCAGCACACAACCAAUGUUCCCACGGAGCCUACGUCUUUAUCAUCGUCAUUGUCAACAUAUUUGGCCCCCGCCAUGGCCCCGACCCCACUCCCCACACCGCCCCUCACGCCUCCAGAUAAAACGUCCGCCAGCACAGCCGUCAGAGCGCCCGCCGCCAAAGCUCAAAUGCCGUCCGUCAACACGGGUGACGUUGGCGUGUCAGCGAGUUUGCUGACAACAUCCGCAAGAAUUUCGGCCCUCAACAUCGUCAGCGAGCUGCUCAGGAAAGUUGGGAAUCUGGAGUCCAAGCUGGCGUCGUACGUCCACGAGCAACCGGCCAGGCACAGGCUAUCCGUCAACAAGAUUCCCGAGACGCCGCCAUCCAGCGGACUCUACCACAAAGCUGAGCUGGUCAAAAGGUUGGACUUCGGAGCGGGAGCCAAACUGCUGUUGUGAGAUGCCAGAGAGACUUCAGAACAAUCGCUCGCAUCUUUUCUGCCGUGUGUGAGACACAACAAAACGUCCGGCGGCACUCACACUUCAUUCACUCGCUCACUUUUUUUUUUGGGGGGUGUGACACUGUUCUGAUGGUAUUGUUUUUCGAGAAACAAUUGCUUCGUUAUUUGGAACUACCUUAAGAUUAAGUUGGUUUUUUUUCCCCCAGCCCCAGUCUUUUUUUGGGGGGGAGAAUUACAUAUUUUUAUCGAUUAAAAACUAAAAUAGAAAAUGUUUUUCAACCAAUAAAUAACAUAAUAUUUUCAAGAAAAUCGCACUCUUGAAAAAGUACCUUUUCUGGGAUUAAAUUGAAUUAAAACAGGCAGAAUAUAAAAAUAAAGGCAUAGUUAUUUUUUUGGGCAAUUUCAUAUCCAGAAAAUGUACAGGUUUUUCUAGAUUGUAGUAUCCUGAUUACAAAGAAACGAUACUUUUUUUUUUUUUGUUAAAGACAAAAGGUGCAAUAUUACAAGUAUUUCUUUCUUCAGGAUUUGUCAUAUUCCUUUCAGACAAAAAGCAUCGCAAGAACGUUCUGAAAGUUGCUCUUGAUCAAUUACUACACUUCGGAAAAUGACAAUUUGGGUUUUUAUUGUUGUUUCCUUUUCCGUGUGGUCCGAAUACACCUUCAUAGUUUUCAACAUUCAAACUAGUUAAACAACAAAGCACAAAGAAGCACUUUUUUCCCCCAAGUCCUAUUGCCUCCAACACCACGUGGCCGUUUGUGGUACUGCUCUUACAACUGCCUUCUGUUAUACUAUUGAAUAGCUCUGUUUUUUUACGGAAACCUGACUGAACUGUUGAAGGAAUUGUUGAUGCUCUCUGAGAUCUGUAGCUAUGCUUGUCCAGAAAGCACUGGCUAUUUAUAUUUUCAAUAAAGAAUUCUUUUGUUUUUCUA